AUGCCAUAUUGGCUGGUCAACGCGUGCGUCGACCGCGGGUGGAUAUUCGCAACCCCCGAUUAUCGACUGAUGCCGGAAUCGUCUGACGACGAGGUGGUACAGGAUGCAGUGGACGCAUAUCAAUGGGUCCUGAACUCCUUGUCCAUGCAUCUUGAUAUUCAGGUCGGACCCGUCAUACUCGCCGGGUCCAGUGCUGGUGGCUAUCUCGCAAUGACGACUGCGAGUCUCGCUGGGCAAAGACCGACCGCUCUGUUGUCAAUCUACGGCAUGCUAGACCCCCUCAAUGCGAUAUACACGACAAAGCGGGCCAAUAUCUUUGGCCAGCCACACAUCGAUAUUGCGCCUGUGAUUGAACAAUUGACAGUGCUACGGCCGAGCAGACCCCAGGUCCUCGUUGGCUAUCCCUGGCCUGCCGACCCCAGUCGAGACCCUUGGUUUGCCAUAAUCGCUACGUUGCAUAUCGAAGCACUUUUUCCAGGCUCUAUUGCUGGAGUACCGGGCUUGAGUGAAGCCGUCGCGGAACAGGGUGUGAACGCAGUUCCACCUGCUCAGAGGCACCUCUUUCCCCUGUCGUUUGGAGAGUCCUCAAAAUUUCCGUUAACCGUCCUUUUCCAUGGCAAGAACGACUCUGCCGUUUCCUGGCACUUGAGCCAAGUUGCAUGGGAAAAGUUGUGUGAACAUGGUGUUGACGUCUACAUCGAGUUCCCACCGGAUGCAGAGCAUGGCUUUGACGCACGCACAGGUCGCGUCGAUAUAGAAAGGGACAAUGCUGACAUUUUGACGGCUCCUAGUUUCGACAGUCUGCGAAAUGUGCUUAAGUCCUUGGACCAGCUUAGCAAGUUCUACAAUGCAUUCAUGGCGGUGAACAAAGGGAAGCCGGUCGAGACCUUCUUCACCACCCAAAACAUGUUGUAUCACUCUGCCAUCAAGCGUCCAGUAAGCUCGGCGUAUUCCAUGACGACAAUCACCGAUAACGAGUGGCAUAUCGAUAAGAUGAUGGAAAAACUGCUGCGGUACCUGGAGGCCGAGUUUUAUUCUUUCGGCGUGAUUUCGAAAAUGACCUGCUCCAACUCAUUUGGCUUCCUCGAACAAAGGGCUGACAUCGGUAGCAUGAUCCGGUCGCUAGAAGCGGACAUGGACCAUUAUGCUCCCGUAGGAAAAAUGGCGUGGAUCGACAAUCCUUUCAGGGGAAAUCCCAUCAACCUGUACGUUGCCCGAAAAAGCAGCACCUUUGCGAAACUUGCCGUCGACAAGACCCGAGAGCGACGGGCAAAACCCACGCUUUCGGCACAAGAAGAGCGAGACUUUCUGAGCAGGCUCCUCAAAGCCAGUAAGACACAUCACCAAACGGGACAUGACAAGGAAAUCGCUUCAUACAUGGUCACGAACAUCGUUGCGAGGAGCGACACGACUGCCAUCUCUAUAAGAGCGGUUCUCUACUACCUGCUGAAGACUCCCGCGGCAUGUAAGAAGCUGCGAGAGGAAAUCGACACCGCCGAUCUCCCCGAUGGCCUGUUGAGCUAUACAAGCGUGGAGAGGCUGCCCUAUCUGGGCGCGUGCAUCAAAGAAGCACUGCGCGUCCAUCCUGCAGUGGGACUACCCCUAGAACGUGUCACGCCGAUUACGUUCCAGUUACCCAACGGUCAGAGCCUCCCUGCCGGUACAGUCGUCGGGAUGUGUGCAUGGCCUGUCCACCGUGACCUCGCAACUUUCGGGAACCGGGUUGAAAAGCACGUGCCGGAACGGUGGUUGAAGGGGUCUGACGAGGACGAAGAGACAUUCAAUCACCGCGUCAAUCGUAUGAAGCGAGCGGACCUCACUUUCGGACAUGGAACAAGGACAUGUCUUGGGAGAACCAUCGGAUUGAUUGAGACUUACGAAACCAUCCCGACGUUGCUGAGAGAAUUGAAUAUCGAACUCGUCGAACCCCGUGCAGAAUGGACUCUCAAGAAUGCGUGGUUCGUGCGACAGGCCGAUUUCAAAGGGGACUGCCUCCGGACAGCAACUUCGACCUCAUUUUCCUGA